AUGGCGACCAAAGCUGAGGAGCAAAGGCACAGAUGGUGGCCGAAGCAGAGGAGCGGAGGCAAAGGAAAACGGGGAGCUGCCAGAAGGGAGGAAGCAGUAGUUGGAGAAGGCCUGACCGGGCAGCGACCUGUUGUGAGUGAGGCGACCAGAUGUUGUGGGCUGCAAAUGGGAGUGCUGCGGUGGAGGGAGGCUGCGGGCGGGAUCAGGAACAACCGGCGGCCGCUCGAGGACGAGGAACCGAUGCAAUACGCUGAGCGCUGUGCUGUUCAAUGGCAUCGUGUAUGCAUAUACCCGGAGCGGCUCGGAAGAAUAGCUCUCAACCAUGUAAAACCCGGAUCUCUCCUCUACUUGGAAGGAAACCUCGAGUCGAAGGUUUUUAGUGAUCCAAUUACUGGUCUUGUUAGACGUAUAAGAGAAGUAGCUAUACGGCAUGGUGGUAUGCUAUUUGCAUCACUCUUUCAAACAAUUUGAACUUUUCAUGGAACUCAUAUGAUCCACCAUCAUUUAUUCAUUUGUUCUAUUGAUGCUUGAACUUCUAUAGUUUACAUUUCUGAAUAUUGAAACUAUGCUGCUGUAAAGCCAUUAUGAAAGAGAUGAGGAGAUUGUUUGGUGUUGAUUUUUUUGUCAAUUAAAAAAGUUUUAUAACAAGUUUGAGCCAAAUCAGAUUGAAGAAUAGUUUGAAUUGUACCUCACAUCCCAUCAAGCAGCACUAAUGUUUUCUUUUGUUCUAUUCACAUCUCUAAGAAAAAAAUAGCACUGCUGCAUUUGCUGACCAUUUACAUUCUUACCAAUUCGCUUACUAGAUGCAGAUGUGUGCAUUAUUUGGUGAAAACUGAAAAAUUGAACUAAGCUGAGCUCAUUUGAUUGAUUAAGCAAACUAAGAGCAUCAACAAUUUAGAAUAAUGGAACCAUGGGAUUUUAAUCGGGAAAGUCAUACCCACUACGUAGUCUAGUCUUCUUCUUUGAUUUGUUUCAAUGUCUUUGAGCCCAUCCUCCUUUGAUUCCUGUAACUUUCUAAUUUUUUUUUAAUCUCCUGUA